AUGGGGAACCUAAUGAGGUUUUCCCGUAAAAGGGACACGAAAAACAUUACACUAGAGGAUCUAGCAGAAAUUAUAAAAGACUGUAAAUAUGUAGUUGCCUUAACAGGGUCAGGCACAUCAGCAGAAAGUAAUAUACCAACCUUUCGCAGUACAAACAGUUCUAUUUGGAGUAAAUAUAACCCCAAAAUAUAUGGGACCAUUUGGGGGUUUUGGAAAUCCCCAGAAAAAAUAUGGGAAGUAAUAAGAGACAUAUCUUCAGAUUAUGAAAUAGAAUUGAACCCAGGACAUGUAGCCUUAUCGACCUUAGAAAAUUUAGGAUAUUUAAAGUCCGUAAUUACACAAAAUAUUGAUGGAUUACAUGAAGAAAGUGGAAAUACAAAAGUCAUUCCCCUCCAUGGAAAUGUGUUUGAGGCUUUAUGUUGUACGUGUAGAGAAACUAUAAAGUUAAAUAAAAUUAUGCUACAAAAAACAUCUCACUUUAUGCAUCAAUUACCACCUGAGUGUCCAUGUGGUGGAAUAUUUAAGCCAAAUAUUGUUCUUUUUGGAGAAGUUAUACCAAAAUUUCUUUUAAAGCAAGCUGAGCAGGAAAUAGAAAAUUGUGACCUAUUUUUGGUAAUUGGAACUUCAUCUUCUGUAUCAACUGCUACGAAUUUGUGUCGCUAUGCCAAUAAAAAAAAAAAAAAAAUUGUGGAGAUCAACAUUUCAAAGACUCACAUCACAAACAGAAUGUCAGAUUACCACGUUCGUGCCAAGUUCAGCGACCUCACAAAGGUGUCCGAUUUGCUCAAGGGCGGGUGA